CAGAGGCUAGCGCGAUGAGGAAGCGGCACAAGAAACCUCCCAUCAAGGUCUUGCUACUCGGCCAGAGUGAAAGCGGCAAGUCGACUACGGUGAAGAAUUUCCAGCUUGCUUACGCACGAAAUGCGUGGCUCGAAGAACGCGCCUCCUGGAGAUCCGUCAUCCUCCUCAAUCUCGUUCGAUCUGUCAACACCAUCCUCGAUGUCGUUAGCCGCGAAUUGGCUCACUCAGAGUCUUCCAGCCGCGCAUCGACCCGCCUCGCCUUCUCGAACUCCUCCGACGAAACCUCCUCCGAGGACGAUGAAGACGAUCGCACGACGCAACAUUCGCACACCUCCUCCAUCACGUCUCGAGGCGCAUCCAACGCCCCAAAGUUCGCAUUCACAGAGCAGCAUCGGUUGCUACAGCUUCGGCUCGGUCCCCUGCGGCGCGUCCAGCGCGAUCUCGAGAUACGCCUCGGGGCUGGUGCUACCGAAAACCCAGGCGAUCUGCGCGGGCCUGCGACACCCUUCCAAAGCACGGCCUCUCAGAACAUGUCCUCGGCAGUCGUCUCUUCGCAGCGCCACAAGGCGCGACCAAAGGAGUUCUUUGUCCAUUCGCGGAGUGGUUGGAGAGGCGCACUGAGCCUGGGGCGGGGCCGGGAAGGCGAGACGCGAAUUAGGAAGGGGAGAGAAGAGGCUGUAGAAGAAGCGGUUGAGGUGAUCGCUGGAUGCAGUGAUGAUAUCCGGACGCUAUGGGAGGACGAGACGGUUCACGCUGUAUUGGCGAAGCGGAACAUACGGAUAGAUGACCAGCCUGGAUUUUUCUUGGAUGAUGUCGAGAGGAUCACGAGCCGAAACUAUGAGCCCUCCGACGACGAUGUUAUUCGUGCUCGUCUGCGGACAAUGGGAGUGCAGGAGUAUAGUUUCAUUUUUGAAAAAGGCAGUGAAGCUGGGCGAGAAUGGAUCAUGUAUGAUGUUGGAGGCGCACGCUCAUACCGGUCGGCAUGGUACCCUUACUUCAUGGACGUAAACGCUAUCAUCUUCCUUGCGCCCAUCUCCGUCUUCGACGAGCCCCUCGCGGAAGACCGCAAAGUGAACCGCCUAGAAGACUCAUUCCUGUUAUGGAAAGCCGUCUGCUCCUCGAAGCUUUUAGCAAAGGUCCAGCUGAUCUUGUUCCUAAACAAGUGCGAUUUGCUCCAGCGGAAACUAGAGCGUGGGCAGCAGAUCAGGCGCUCUGUACCCUCGUUUGGCGAUAGGCCCAACGAGCACACUGCCGUCAUAAAAUAUUUCCGCCAACAGUUCCGCGACAUCUCGAAAAAGUACUCGCCCGAGCCGCGCGGGUUUUAUUCGUUCCCCACCUCUGUCGUUGACAUCAAGGCGACGGCGGUCACGCUCGGGACCGUGCGCGAGGGCAUACUUCGGAACCACCUGCAAGAUGCCGAGCUCAUCUGACCUUCUUCCGCCCCAUCGGCGUGGGCGCCGUGCGCCCGCGGACUGUUUUCCGUCUCCGCUGAUCCUUUUUGUUUCUGCUUUUAUGCUACCGCUCGAUAUGUACGCGCAUGACACGACCCCCACGCUCCAUUUCAUCCUCCUUUUGGGUAAUCAUUACUGUAGGACCGCGAUCGCGUUUGGCUUUGUACGUUUUUAUAAGUUAAGGGUUUUUGGUUAACUUACAUCGUGCUGUGUAAUACAAGGUAUUGUAUCGGGCGUAGAAUGGACCCCGGGAGCGGAACUACUGGAAUGCAGGAAAGCUGCUUAUUUUUGAUUUACACGUGCUCUGCGUUCAGGAUGGGGUGGAGAUUCGGACAUGGUGCGGCACUGGAAGAUUUCACCAUCAUUAUACGCUCGUUCGGAAAGGAGCUUCAACGUGUGCGUGGCCAUGGUCCAUGGAGGAGGAUUUGGAAGAGAAUGUGUAUAUGUUUGUUCAACAGGG